GCCCCCCACAGACUGACGAGCAUGUUCGCGAGCAUGCUGGCGUACAUGCUCGCGAACAUGCUCGGCGUUGCCCACACACGACCGGACAUGCUCGCGAACAUGCUCGCCGUCGCCGCUCAGUACUGUUGCUUCUCUACGGUGUGAUAGUCAAGUUUUGCAGUGCGGGUGCGAAAUGGAUGCAAACGCUGUGGUGGCCCUUUGUGGGGGUUUCGUUUGUUUGGAGGAGAAAAAACGCAAGGUACGUAAAAUAUGGUGCAAGAAUUAGCAUCAAAUGAACCAAAUGAUUAUAAAAAUUACCUGAGGAUGACUGAAGAUUGUUUCGAAGACAUUCUUAGACGUAUUUCUCCAGAUAUUGUGAAACAGAAUAGUAUUUUGAGGGAGCCGAUCAGCUGUAAAGAGCGCCUUGCAGCGACACUUCAGUUUUUAGCAAGUGGCAGAACCUAUGAAAACCUAAAGUUUAGCUGCGCCAUUUCGCCUCAGUCGCUGGGAAAAAUCAUACCAGAAACCUGCACUGCAAUUUAUAAUGCUCUACGUGAGGAAUACCUGCACUUGCCUGAGAAUGAAAGCGACUGGAUGAAUAUUGCUACAGAUUUUAAAAAAUACUGGCAAGUAGAAAACUGCGUGGGGGCUCUUGAUGGAAAGCAUAUUGCCAUCCUUCAACCUCCUGGAAGUGGUUCGUAUUUCUUCAAUUACAAAGGUUUCUUCAGCGUUGUAUUAUUGGCUGUGGUAAACGCAAACUAUGAAUUUAUGUACGUAAAUUGUGGAGUGAAUGGACGGGUGUCUGACGGGGGAGUUCUCUUUGAAACCGAUUUUGGGCAACAGUUGGAAAACGGCCAGUUGAAUUUGCCAUCACCAACGACCUUUCCAAACAACAGAGAUGUAUGUUUACCUUUUGUUUUUUGGGAGAUGAAGCUUUCCCCUUAA